CUGCUGGUUGGUGGUGUAGCUGUGCUGCUAACGCUGCUGCUGCUGAUGGCCGGGGUCUGUAGGGCAGCUCUGAGCCACUGCCGCUCCGCUCGGGUUGUUGAAGGGUGACCGGGAUGACCCGCCGGGUUACUGAAUGUUUCCUCAGUGAGUAAUCUGCUGCCUUCCUGACCGAACCUGCCUUGGCAAUGGACCCAGUGGUGCUGAGUUAUCAGGACAGCCUGCUCCGGCGCUCUGACGUGUCCCUGCUGGACGGCCCACACUGGCUGAAUGACCAGGUCAUCGGUUUCGCCUUUGAGUAUUUUACCACAGAGCGCUUUAAAAGCCUGGGCGAUAAGGUCUGUUUCAUCAGCCCUGAGGUCACCCAGUUCAUCAAGUGUGCCUCCUGCCAUGAGGAGCUCGCCCUGUUCCUCGAGCCACUGAGGCUGCCUUCCCGUCGCUGGGUCUUCUUGGCCGUCAACGACAACUCCAACCAGACGGCCGGCGGCUCCCACUGGAGCCUGCUUCUGUUCCAGCGAGACACGGGGCACUUCUCCCACUACGACUCACAGAGCGGCGGCAACUCCCUGCACGCCCGCCGCAUCGCUGCCAAGCUCGAGACUUUUUUGGCCGCUGGGAGCAAAGUCCCCUUUGUAGAGGAGCCGUGUCCAUCACAGCAGAACAGCUACGACUGUGGCAUGUACGUCAUCUGCAACACGGAGGCUCUGUGUGAGAGCGUGCGAGUGGGGAGCUGCGCUCGCCUCCCUGCCCAGACUAUCACACCCACUUACAUCACGAGGAAGAGGACAGAAUGGCACUCGCUAAUUCAGAGACUCGCUAGGGACUGAAUAGAUUGAAUGGCAAUUCAAUAAGCAUUUUACGCUUAGAUUGACAUUAGUUUGGGGUGGUUAUUCAGGUCCAGGAGGGCCAGAUUCACAGUUUUGUGAUUUUCACGCACUAGCUCUGCCAAUUUAUCUUAACUGGAAAUUGCCAGGUUUAGUAGAUCUGUUAUUAUUGCAGGGAAGUUGGCUUUGUGGUGUGGAGUGUGUGACUUCACCCUCUGUUGCCCACCCCUGCUUUAGGUUAAAGCUGUGUCCUAAACUUCACCCUAUUCACUGUUCCCUACACAUGAAAAACAGAUAUAUACUAUGGCACAAUCCCAUUUCUCUUUUGUACCCAUACUCAUUGUUUUUGAGUGUAACUCUUCCCAUUGGAUCAGAGUUACAAGCGAAAGAAGUGAAAUCGUCCCCUUAAAAAUUGGCUAGAGCACCCGAUACAGAUAUACAGCAGUAGAGCGCUUCUUUCCUAAGUUUAGCAACCUAGCUGCUGGUUAACUAGUUAAUUUUAGGUCAUUGUAUGUCUUCAGAAAGUGAGCAGGUGGUGCCGCAAUUAAUUAUUAUUGUUCAUUCCUCCAUGUGAUAAGGAGCUUAAAUUAGCUUUUAGUAUAUUUUUCCAUUCCACCUUAUAUGCUGCAGCCUCAGCUGUCUCUUGCACCAUUUAAGGUGGAACAGGAAAGUCAGCUAACUAGCUACUAAGACAGACUACUAGCAAUUUUUUUAAUGCAUGUUAUGAAGAAAAUGGCCACAAAACAUUGAAACUACUUUCAUUUAACAGGAAAAAUACUCAAAUUUGUUUUGUUUUUUUUGGUCACUUGUGCCGCCACCUUGCCAGUGAUUUCUUAGCCCUCUCUUUAGAUUUUGCCUCUGAAAAAUCUCUGUUUAAAGGGUCAUGUAGCCCUGACACUCCCUCCUACCCCUCCAGCCUAAUAAGAAUCACCCUUCUCCCAGACGUGUACGUGCAGAACAGAUGGAUGGGGCCAAUGAGUGAAAUGGGAUUUUGUCUAUGUAUACAGAUAUAUACUAUAUACAGCACCAUUACUAUACACACAAAGGAUUAUGGGUAUUCCAUGUUCAAAGGGUACAUUGUCUGCAAAUGUUUAUUAUUAUUGAGCACUGAAAGUUUGGCACUAUGUUUUUAGACACAACAAUUCAAAAUAGGUUAACCCCAAAUUAGUGCAGGAUAUAGUAAAUAUGGAACAGUUUUGGACACAGCUUGGGUGUUUGGCUAAUAGGGGUGUAAAUGUCUUAAUUAAAAUUGUUAGUGAUUCAGUAUGGCACAAUACUAACUUUUUUUUUUUUUUUUUUUUGCUGUACAAAAUGAUUUGAUCCAUUGUAGGGCUGGGCAAUAUAUCAGUAAAUAUCAGUUAUUUAUUUCUGUUUACGAUCUACCAAUAUACUGAUUUAAUUCUGAAAUUAUAUCAGCAACUCUUUGUUUUUUAAAUUUUUUGCUUUGGUAAAUUUUGGAAAUUGCAUUAAGGCCUUAAAAUGAGUGAAUGUUACACGAGUGUUAUUGUAAACAAUCUUUGCAUUUGAAUGAUCACCCUCAGAUUGUUGCAUGCUACAUUUUUGCACCUCUUUUGGCUUACAAUGAAAGCCAGUACCUACAGUAAUACAUGAUUUAUGCUCCUGCACAACAAUAGACACUCUAGUAAUAAACAGCAUGUUCUGCUACCCAGAGAAAUCUCAUCAGAACACAACGCACUGCUUAUCAUUUAUACCCUGUCACUCUUUCUGUCUGUCUAUACCGUGCUCUGCCACUGAUGCUUCAACAACAAGCAGGAACUCUAUGGAGAACAUGAUCAGCAGCACAAGCUCAGAGACUGUGAUUGUAAGCUACGGGAGAUUAGUAGCUGCGUGGAGUUUAGCCUCUGACAUGUUGAGAUGAAUGUGACACUUGUUUACAAGACUUUUCGCUCAGGGUUAUUUCCAGAAGAAAACAGAAGAAAGAAUGUGGUCUGUGUUGCAGAUUUACAGUUGGAGGACAAUGUGCGACUGUCCCUCGUGAACACUCUGUGCUGUACACGUGAGCUCGAAUGCAACUCCUGUUUUCUUAACGUCCCGGUUCUCUGCUGCCAUAAGCAAUGUGUUUCUGCUGCUUACACACGCCAGAGUGUAAGCUUGACUGAGAAAAUGCAGAUUUUGUCAGUGUGCAAGUGCAUUCAUGUUCUGAACAGGCAAAGCACUUUCUGACCUCGCAGCGAAUGCACGACAUUUUGUAUCUUCAGCUUUUCUCGUGGUAACGAAUGACGCAAACAAGAAUCGCCUCAUUGAGUCUUGUCAAAUAAAGCAUCUGUUGCAUGGAUGGAAACCUGA